AUGGAUAUAUGGAAAAACAUGCAUAAAACAUUUUCUCAUAUGCGCUGUGUUAGGAAUGAAACAGAUAGACGACGCCUACACGAUUUCAUGAGUCGUCUUAGAAAACUAAAGAGGGAUAACAGAUGUGAAGAAUCGUGGAAAGAAGAAAAUGAAAAGUGGAACGUUAUAAAAUAUCUUAAAAAAAAAGUGACGAAAAUUGGAAUAAUAAUAUAA